CCCGCCCGCCCCCGCCGGGCCCGGCUCCGACACCUACAAGGGCUGGCUCUUCAAAUGGACCAACUACCUGAAGGGCUACCAGCGCCGCUGGUUCGUGCUCAGCAACGGGCUGCUCAGCUACUACAGUGCACUGUCUUCUGUACACACCCGCAAAGGAAACAAUGGCAGCUGAAACCAGUGACCAAGUGAUCUGUCAAAUGAAAGAUUACUAAAGUGCAGACUGAACUGCUUUGGCCAUCAAUUGGGAACUUUUGAUUACCACCCACUGCAAUGAUGUUGUUUGACAACUUAGCGAGUCUACGCUGGAACGCUGUGCACUGCUGCGCACCUGUCCUGCCUCCACAGCUUGCCAAGAGAAGAAACGGGAGGUCUAUUGUGUUGCUUUCUGAAGAGCCAUUUGGACAGAUGGAGCCUAACACAGGAGAUCUCUUUACUUUGCCAAACCUUAACUGCUGGGAAUGCCUGUUCCUUUCCUAGAAAUUGCUGCCUACCUGAGGAGAGAGAAUGGGGAGGUAGAUAACACAAUGCACUUCGAGACUCUAAAUGCUUCCCAUUCUUACAUGUUUGUAUCAAGAGAACGCUGAGCUUUCCUAAGCAACAAGUGGAAGAUGUAACUGAAACCCUAGCCUGUCCUCUUGGCUGCUACAUUUUGCAUACUCUCUUGCUAGACACAGGCCGAAAUGGCUCACACCUGUCGCGGAACCAUCAACCUGUCAACAGCGCACAUUGAUACGGAGGACUCCUGUAACAUCGUACUCUCCAGUGGGGGAAGGACAUACCAUCUAAAGGCAAGCUCCGAAGUGGAGAGGCAGCGAUGGGUCACUGCUUUGGAGCUGGCCAAAGCAAAAGCUAUCCGUAUGAGGAACAACCAGUCAGAUGACUCGGGUGAUGAGGAGCCAGCCUCGCAGUCUGACAAGAGUGAGCUGCACAGCACUCUGAAAAGCCUCGCCAGUAAGCUGGAGGAUCUAAGCACAUGCAAUGACCUUAUUGCCAAGCACGGGGCAGCUCUCCAGAGGUCCCUGAGUGAGCUGGAGAACCUGAAGCUGCCUGCCGAGAGCGGGGAGAAGAUCAAAGCCGUCAAUGAGCGAGCCACCCUCUUCCGGAUCACCUCCAAUGCGAUGAUCAAUGCUUGCCGCGACUUCCUGGAGUUAGCCGAGAGCCACAGUCGGAAAUGGCAGCGGGCACUACAGUAUGAGCGGGAGCAGAGGAUCCGCCUGGAGGAGACCAUUGAGCAGUUAGCCAAACAGCACAACAGCUUGGAACGGGCCUGCCGGGGAGCUCCCGGCCUGUCCUCGAGCGCCACAGCAGUCAGCAGCACUUCCAAGGGGAGUGUGCAGCCUGCCAAAGGGGAAGCCAGUGAUGAAGAUGAGGAGACAGAGUAUUUUGAUGCCAUGGAGGAUGCACCAGCUUUUAUCACAGUAACCGCAGACCCCAAACAUCACAGGCGUUCUGGCAGUAACCUGAGCGGGGCCAGCGAGGGGCACCCAGAGGACUGGAACCUGGAGGACAAUGUCUUUGAGAGCGCAAAUCAAACUGGUGACAAGGAAUCAAUGUGCAAAGACGUCCUGCCGAAGAAGAGGAGACGAACGCGCAUUCCAGACAAACCCAACUACAGCCUUAACCUCUGGAGCAUAAUGAAAAACUGCAUUGGCAAAGAACUGUCCAAGAUCCCUAUGCCUGUAAACUUCAACGAGCCGCUUUCCAUGCUGCAGCGGCUGACCGAGGACCUGGAAUACCACGAGCUGCUGGACAAAGCCGUGAAGUGCGAGAGCUCCACCGAGCAGAUGUGUUUCGUUGCUGCAUUUUCAGUGUCUUCCUACUCGACGACUGUGCACCGCACUGCGAAGCCGUUCAACCCCCUGCUGGGGGAAACCUACGAACUCGACCGGCUAGAUGAGCUCGGCUUCCGAUCGCUCUGCGAGCAGGUGAGCCAUCACCCACCAGCUGCGGCCCAUCAUGUGUAUUCCAAGCAAGGCUGGACGCUGUGGCAGGAAAUCACAAUUGCCAGCAAGUUCAGGGGCAAAUACCUCUCUAUCAUGCCACUGGGUGCCAUCCAUCUAGAAUUUCACUCCAGCGGGAACCACUACGUCUGGAGGAAGGUCACCUCCACUGUUCACAACAUCAUUGUGGGCAAGCUCUGGAUCGACCAGUCGGGUGACAUAGAGAUUGUGAACCACAAGUCAAAAGAUAAAUGCCAGCUGAAAUUUACACCCUACAGCUAUUUCUCCAGAGACAUCCCCCGAAAGGUGACGGGCGUGGUAACGGAUGCUGAUGGGAAGGCGCAUUACGUCAUGUCUGGCACGUGGGAUGAAAAUAUGGAGUGCUCCAAGAUAGUGCAAAGCAGCCAUGGCAGCACCAGCUCGGAGGGCAAGCAAAAAACCGUCUACCAGACGCUGGCCCCAAAGGUCCUGUGGAAGAAAUAUCCUCUCCCGGAGAAUGCCGAGAACAUGUAUUUCUUCUCUGACCUGGCCCUGACCCUGAAUGAGCCUGAGGAACGAGUGGCACCCACAGACAGCAGGCUGAGGCCCGACCAGCGGCUCAUGGAGAAUGGCAAGUGGGAUGAGGCCAACGUGGAGAAGCAGAGGCUGGAGGAGAAGCAAAGGGCCGUCCGUCGCAGGCGGGAGGCGGAAGCCGUGGAGGCCUUGGAGGAAGGCAAAGACUACGAAGGCUACAUCCCACUGUGGUUUGAGAGGAAGGUGGAUCCCCUGACAGGGGAGCUGAUCUGUGUUUACAAGGGUGGAUACUGGGAAGCCAAGGAGAAACAGGACUGGGAUCUGUGCCCUGAUAUCUUCUGAGCUGCUCCUCCCAUGCCAGGCUGGCAGGCCACAGGAGAGGAGGAGGAGGAGCACCUGGGACGCAUCGGGCAGCAUCCUGCUGUUUAUGUCACAGCGCACAGAAACACACACAGAGUAAAUAAAUACAGAAAUUUAAAAGAAAAUAAAUCAAAACAGGGAUUCCAAACCUAUUUUUUUAUGCACUAAUAAAAUAGCAUUCAGUGUUUUUUUAACGGUGGCGUUUUUUUAGCUACUAAUUAGGAACAAAGACACGUUGAAUCUGGUUCCUUUUUAGCCUAGCGUAUUUAUUGCUGUCAGAAGUUGCUGCCUAUAUUUUUUGAAGCCUCAGCUUUAUUCACUGAGACGUCGACUUCCAAAGAUGCACGCGUUGCGGGGAUACGAUGCACAGUCCUUGGAGAUCUUCCUUUUGACUUUUUUCCCCAUUUGUGUAUGGACUUAAUUUUUAAAAAAUCUGCUUGUAGUUCAGGUUCCUUUUUACAGACACAAGCAACUCUCUGAUCCCAUUCAUCUCCGAAGCUCUAGGGAGAAGAUGACUUUUCUAGGGAUGGUAGAUUAGGUGCUUAUUCUUAGGUUCUUUCCAUAGUUCCCAGCAGUGCCCGAUGCUCCCACAGCUAUGAAUUAGGUUCUUUCUGAAGCUAUUUAGGUGACUUUAUUGGCGGAUUAUUUGAGUGGAUUUUUUCCAGUCUGCAAUAUUGAGUUGAUAUUUUUUAGAACCGUCUCUAACAAGAUGCUUUUUUGGAUCAUGUUUGUUUUGGUUUUUCCCUGCAACUCUGUCUUAAUUGGAAACCGUUCCUUCCCGAGAGCAGACAAGAGGCGAUCUGUCUAGGGAGACUUCUUAAAUUUGCCCUCAGUCAGAGUAAAGUCAGCCCCUUCGUGGACUAGAGCCAAGACCCUUACUCAGCAGUUCCAGUACCAGUGCUUAGCGGGAUCCACAGCUCACCCCAGCCCAGCACCUCAAGGCCCCUUCCCCCUCCAUGCCUUGCAGUAGCAGUUAAUGUUCCCAGCUCUCUACACCUUCCUGCGACACUUUCCAGGCAGGGUUUGGGCUCUGAGCUGCCCUUCGGACACCCGGCACAAAGGUUGAUGCCACCGGCAGCUGUUGCAUGGAUGGUUCCCGUCAUAUUGCAAUGUCAGUCCCCGUAAGGGACAGUUGGAGGUGCAGGGAACAGCGACACUCGUUUAGGCAGAGCUGUAGCGUGGUUCACGGCGAGCCUGGAAGUGUAGUGGGAGGCUCUUGAACAACCCUACCCGUUCCUUUCCCCCAUUCCCAUUCCUUGGGCUUCCUGCCAUUUCCACCCCAUCCCCCUGCUAUCUCCGUGGGGUUCUUUCUCUUGUGCCCACCCCCAAGCUGGAGCUAGGGAGCAGAGCCUGGGGGGCUCAGCGGAGGAGCAGGAGGAGAGACGUGGUUACCUGGGAUACAGCGAGAGGGAGGAGAUGGCUGGCGGGAUGCCCCCAGCUCCAGCACAGGGACCCCUGAGUGAGGCUGGCUCUGACUGGAGCUCGGUGUUGUGACUGGCUGCGAGUCGCUGUAGCACAGUCACACGGGACUCGUGGAUCCCAGUUUCCACUCUCCUGAUGCACAGAGACGGUCCAGAUCCAAGAUCCCCGAAUGCAGCUGGAGGGGUGCAGGAUUCCAGCGUGACCCCGUGACUAUAAUGGCUCUGAACACCCAUUAAAUCACCCUGCAGUCUGAGGGGAGAGCUGGCACAAUGGGAGACAAACAUUGCUGCUUUGCAUGUGAACAAACUGAAACUAAGUCCUGAUUUGUCUCCUUGCAAACCCUCUCCCUGCCUGUGAUUCUGUGUCUUUUCUCUAGUUGGGUGACAUAGAGAUUGUGAACCACAAGUCAAAAGAUAAAUGCCAGCUGAAAUUGCCAGUGUCCCACCUCUGGCAUGACUGAGCCGAGCUGCUGAGCUCUGUCACAGGUGCCCCGGGAAAAGCCCAGAGACUUUUGGGCAGAAGGGGUGAGGGCAGCUGUACUUGGGGCUCGCACCAGCUGCUGGGAAUGGGGCACAGCAUUGCAAUGGCCCAGGAGAAAGCCACUGGACCCAGUCUGCCCUAGGGCCCUGCAGGAAGGUGGCAGGCAAUGGUUUGCUUUCACUGCUGUGUGCAGGCACCAGUCCUGGAUUGUCACUGACUGCUCCAGCCCACGUGCAUCUAGCCUAUGGCCCCCCGUGCUGCCGGGCUUACUUAGAUCCAUGCAGUACUGCAGGCACUCAGUGACCAGAGUAUCCCUCCCUGGGCAGCGGGCGGCCCUGAACCCAACACACUUUGGCAUGUGGACUCGCUCCCCUCCAGGCCCCUGGCUCUGGACCGCCCCCCAUUGCAACAAUCCCCUUCCAUAGGGCUCCUGCUGUUGUCAUUAUUAAGAAUGUCCCACCACUGAACAUCCGCUGAGCCCUCACGACAAACAUUACAGCAAAUACUGGGCCACACUCGCCCCUUAGGCUGUGAUGCCGGUGGAACCAAUGUCUGCCCUGAUCUCCUGCUCCUGUGCCUCCCUUUCCAAGUGCCACCCCCAGUCGGAUGGGGACAGAGGUCCGGGCACUUCUGCUGCCACCUCCCCACCAGAGUAAUCUCCUUGCUGGGAUACCGAGUGCUCCGGAGAUGCCUGGAAAGGAUGAGCCAAGCCCUCCAGGUGAUAAAUGAGCAACAAGAGAAGGUGACUCGCUCACACAUCCUGCUCUGGUGUAUAUGGGUCUGGUGUCUAAACUGCAGGGUAUCCCGAGAGAGCUCUGUCUGCGCUGCCGUUUGGGAAUGGGAGUCCAGAUCUGCACACUGAUGAGACCUGCCGAGCAUCCUGGGCUUGAGAGGGAGCCGUGUGAGAGCUCUCGGGAGGGCUAGAGGCAGGGUUCUGCCUUGUGUGCUUUCGUUUCUGAUGUUUUCUGCUCUGGCUUGCCUCCAUGUCACACCAACCGCUCUGCUCGCGUGGCUCAAAGGCCAUGCUGGGGCCAGCCCCCAUCCACGAGGGAAGAAAACUAGCAAUAAUGAACUUCAAGGCACUGGUAACUGGAAAACCCAGACUGCACAAGGGACUCGUAUGCAAUCAGGUUCCGAAGACCAUCAGUCUCCUGGUCAGCCCUCUUCUCAUCCACCACCCACAGACUGAUUUACAACACAUGUAUGUAUACAGUAUAUAUACAACUUGUACAAUGUAACAUUAGUGAUUGGCUAUCAGUGUGGUAACACAGCUGAUUUCCGUGUACCCUUUCACCUUUUAUUUGCUUCUAAUUUAUAUAUAAAUAUAUAUAAAAUUAUUUUGCUUAAAUUUAUAUGGUACAUAAUAGAUGAAAAAUAAUGAAGACAGAUAUGGCUGUCUGAGGUUUUAUAGUACAACCUGUAUGGUAUAUUUCAGCUUAUCUUUCAGGUAGGCUUGUUCUAAAAUGAGCAGGGAGAGAGAGGUUUAAGGUAUUUGCUUAAUUAGCUAAGUAACAAUUGCUCCAGAGCCAAAUGCUUCCAUGUUCAGAAGGUGUUAAUUAGAAAAGAUCCUUCCCUUUUAGAAAACCAGGCAUUUCAGCUUGCUACGGCCUGGGCUACACUACACAGUUAGGUCGACAUAAGGCAGCUUCCAUCAACCUACCUCUGUAAGCGACUGCACUAAAAUGUAGCUCCCAUCGCUGUAACUCACCCAUUACACCGACUGAAUAACUCCACCGCCAAUUUUUUCAUUUUUUUUAAAAAGUCAUUGAUUUUAAUCCCCCCUGAGAGCAGGGCAUGGUGCGGGUGGGGGGAGGAUUGGUCCCCAGCUGGAGCGAGGCAGGGGCCAGGGGCAAGAGCACACUGGGGCAUGGGGG